CACCCCUCCCUGCACGGCGGGCCCCACUCCCUGAGGCCCUGGCCCUGUUCCCCCCCGGCCCGGUUUCCCCCCGGCCCCGUUCCCCGGCCCGUGGCGGCUGCAUCUCAGCCGGGAUCAUCCCGCGUCCGGCCCCGGUGUCCGAGCCCCUGGCCCAGCCUCAGGCUGCGGCAUGUCCCGGUGCCGGCGGCCUUGGAGUACCGGAGGGGGCUCUGCUGUGCCCGACACGCUGCGCCGCCGGUGCUGGGGUGGUUCGGGCGUGGAAGAGACAUUCCCGUGAUCUCUUGAAGGUGUACGUGCUGAGCAAGAGGAAGAGGAGGAGCCCUUCAUCGCCGCAGCACGUGUGGAGCUGAGAGCAGCAGGAGGAGCUGUGCUUGGACCUGCUGAGCAGGAUGGAUCAGAACUUAGACUCUUCACUUUCCAGAAUAUUUACCGGGUAUGAUGAUCCUGAGAAUACUGAAGUGUAUGAAGAUGAACUUUAUCUCGAGGAGUCAUCCAGUGAGCGGAGUGUUGAUAGUGAGGUGGAGUUUCAUCUCUAUAGCCAGAUCCACUAUUCCCAGGAUCUCGGAGAAGUCAGAACACUGGAAAUGAAUGAGGAAGCUGAUGCUGGAGAAGUCGUGGGUCAAAGUUCCGGGCUAGCUGGGAAACAGGACGAAGAUGAGAAUCUCGCUGAGCUCACUGAUGGUGGCACUCAGCUUUCAGAUGAGCCCGAGGUCAUUGUCCUGUCUGACACCCCAGAGGAAGACAGCAUCUACAAAAGCAAGGCAAAGAGGUCAAGGUGCUCCUCUUCAGCUCCAGGUAAAGCACACGCGUGCCCGGUAUCCUCCACGCCAAAUCACGCCAAAGCUGCUGGAUGCAGUGCCCGGUGGCCCCCUGAGCCUGGUGUGGGCACGCCAAGGAAGAGGAGCAGCCCUAGUGGGAGGCCUGCCCCAGUCCUUCCUGCCGGACCUGAGGGUCCCCAGGACGUGCUGGUGAUAGACAACAGCUCGGAGGAGGAGGAGGAGGAGGAGGAAGAGGAGAGCCUCAUCUCUGACGGCGAGGACGUCGAGAGCUGGAUGCUGCUGGGAGCUGGUGCCGAUGACACGGAUGGGGACAUCAUGCUGAACCUCGAGGGCUGUGCCACGCCUGCCAGGAAAGGAGAAAUUGAUGUGAACUGGUCUAUCUCUCAUAAAGACUUAGAGGCACAGAUCUCCAACUACGCGGGCGUGCGGCACAGCAGCAUGCGCUACUACAGAGCGGACAAAAACGUCACCUGUAGGAACUGCCACAGACCAGGACAUUUGUCCAAGAACUGUCCCACUCCAAAGAAAGUUCCCCCGUGCUGUCUGUGUGCAGGAAGAGACCAUCUGCAGCACAGCUGCCCAGCACGUUUCUGCCUCAACUGCUGCUUGCCCGGGCACUAUUUCAGGGAAUGCCUGGAGAGAGCCUACUGGAACAAGCACUGCAACCGCUGCGACAUGAAGGGCCACUAUGCUGAUGCUUGCCCAGAAAUAUGGAGGCAGUAUCACCUAACAACCAAGCCGGGACCCAUCCAGGCAGCCGGCUCGCCCUCGCCCUCGGAGCGCGCGGUCUCCGUCUACUGCUACAACUGCUCCCGCCAGGGACACCUGGGAUAUGAGUGCUCAGAAAAGAGGAUGCAGGGGAACAUGUUCCCCACUUCUCCCUUCGUCUACUACUACGAUGAUGAGUGCGACAUCAGGAGGAGAGCCAACAGGUUGAAAAGAAAGGUGGCAGACCUGCAGGAAGCCGGCCUCCUGCCCGAGCAGCCCGAAACACCCCUGCAGGAGGAGCCGCUCGAGGUGCCCAGCCACAAGAAAAAGAGCAAACUCUGGAAAGAGCAGCAGGGCAAGCCCUGCAGGAGCAGCGAGCAGCACAAGAAGAUGAAGGUGAAGCGGGUGAAGAAGGCCCAGGAGGAGAGGCAGAGGAGGGCUGCUGGGAUCCACGGGGACCCGGAGGAUUUCCCUCGGGGGCACAAGCUGCAGGGCUGCAAGGGCAGCAGGGCCCAGCGCAGGGCCCUGCCCCAGGCACCCCCAGGCUGCAAGGCCCUCAGCGUGCACCAGCCCCCAGAAGGUGCCAAAAGGAAGAAGAAAUGGAAAAAGCAGAAAAUUGCCAGUCCUGACAGCAGGGACAAUCUGUUCCUUAUAAAACAGAGGAAGAAGAAGUCCAAGCAGAAAUCCUGGUGAUGGCGGGUGGCACUGGCAUUCCCUGCUCUGGCUCUGCCUUCUCUUUACUCCUGUCCCUCUCCUAGCACAUGAACUGGAGUCUGUCCCUGUCCCGGCCUGCUGGGCACCACCACCCUCACUGUCCAUCUCCACAGCCACGGGGACCCCUCCAUCUCUGUGAGCCCCCCGUGCCAGCAGCACCCACAGCUCCUGCCAGGGCCUCACCAAUGUGCUGUACAUUCAUUUUCCUUGCUUGGGGCUGUGGGGGCACCUGGCCCUGGCAGGGUUGGUUUGCUCAGCAGUCAGCCAUGGCUGUGCUGUUGGAGCACAGCGCCUCUGGGCACGCAGGCAGCAGGGUGGGCACAGAGCACAUCCCCUGGGGCAGCAGGGUGGGCACAGAGCACAUCCCUGCCAGCAGCGGGGUGGGCACAGAGCACAUCCCCUGGGGCAGCAGGGUGGGCACAGAGCACAUCCCCUGGGGCAGCAGGGUGGGCACAGAGCACAUCCCCUGGGGCAGCAGGGUGGGCACAGAGCACAUCCCCUGGGGCAGCAGGGUGGGCACAGAGCACAUCCCCUCGGGCAGCAGGGUGGGCACAGAGCACAUCCCCUGGGGCAGCAGGGUGGGCACAGAGCACAUCCCCUGGGCAGCAGGGUGGGCACAGAGCAGAGCACAUCCCCUCGGGCAGCAGGGUGGGCACAGAGCACAUCCCUGCCAGCAGCAGGGUGGGCACAGAGCACAUCCCUGCCAGCAGCAGGGUGGGCA